AUGCUUUUAAAAAGUAAUUGUUGCAUUCAUGUAUUUGGUGCCGUAAUAAUCUCUAUUCGUAAUAAUUGUCCUUGGCAUCGAAGUAAUUGGCGCCCAGUGUAUUUCCCUUUUUUGGUAAAGCACAAACUUAAAUAUGACACGCCUGAGGCAUUAAUGAAAACACGGAAUGGCCGACGCCUCCUGAUGCGUCGAAUUUUGCGUGAAAAACCGUUCCUAGGCUGGAACCACAAAUGCACGCCAACAGAAGAGCGCUUGCAUUACCCACUAUAA